UUUUAUAAGGGCAUUUUCCCCCCAAAUUUCUUCCUUCUAGUUUCUCUCACUCAUGGCUUCCAAAUUCCGCAUCGAUCAGCUCCGAGCUCUAGGCUCCACCGUCUUCCAUGGCAUUGGAGAUUCCCUUUCAAUUCGAGCUUCUCAAAAUCAUUAUAUCAGACACUUCUCUGACGCGUCAUCGCCGCCGCUCUCUCCCGCCGGUUCUUCUUUGCCACCGCCUCAAAAUGUUGAGCUGCAAACUGCGCCUCAACCUGAGAAAAUGAACAUAAACGCUUCUACUACCUCGUCUGUGAAUCAACUUGAGCUUGCCAAGUUCUCCGCCAUUUCUGAGACCUGGUGGGACGCCGAAGGGCCAUUCAAGCCACUGCAUGCGUUAAAUCCUACAAGAGUCUCAUUUAUCAGAUCCACUCUUUGCCGUCAUUUUAGGAGAGACCCUUGUUCAGUUAGGCCUUUUGAAGGACUGAAAUUUAUCGAUGUUGGUUGUGGUGGUGGAAUUCUCUCUGAGCCUUUAGCUCGAAUGGGAGCAACUGUGACAGGAAUUGAUAUGGUGGAUAACAACAUCAAGAUUGCCCGUGUGCAUGCUGACCUGGAUCCUGUGACAUCAACAAUUGAAUAUUAUUGUACCACAGCUGAAAAUCUGGUGGAGCAGCAAAAGGAGUUUGAUGCUGUCAUCGCUUCAGAGGUAAUUGAGCACGUGGCAAAUCCUGCUGGAUUUUGCCAGUCCUUGGCAGCAUUGACAGUGGCCAAUGGAGCUACAAUUGUUUCUACCAUUAACCGUUCUAUGAGGGCAUUUGCAACUGCCAUUGUUGCAGCAGAAUACAUUCUACGUUGGCUUCCUAUAGGUACGCAUCAGUGGUCGAGUUUACUUACCCCAGAAGAAUUGGUCCUGAUAUUACAACGUGCCUCAAUUUCGGUUGAAGAGAUGGCCGGAUUUGUGUACAAUCCCUUAACAGGCCAAUGGUCCCUUUCAGAUGAUACUAGUGUAAAUUACAUUGCGUUUGGCAAAAAAAUUAGCCAGCAAACAGAUUAACAAAGGUGUAUUCUUAAUUCUCAGCUGCUAUCAACAUGUAGCGGUAAAAUAAUGUAAGAGUUACCUCAGAUCUUAUGUAGCAACAAGUAUCUGUCCGACACCUUUGAAAUUCACUGUCCGACUGUUUGGGGGGCUACUUGAGACCAGGCAGACUUGUAUGAAGUUUGCAAAUUAUUUUCGUUUAUAAAUUUACGUGGUCUGUACUAUGCAAAUUUCUUCAGAUCACCACGAAGAAACACUUCCUUGCAUCCAUUUCUUCCAGGAACAAUCGUGGGAGGUUGUCCAACGGCUGGUGGCAGUCAUAAAAAAAAAAGGUCAUGAGAAUGUUGCUGGCAACGAUCAUCGGAAAGCGAUUGCCAAAAAAAUGAUGACCUAUUGGCGACAAGAGGUUGUCGGCUAUGGUUAGUGGAAAACAGUUGUUGGAUGUUGGUCGAUGGCAAUCACCUCAAAACAAUCGGCGACAAUUGCGAGGUAGUGGUUGUUAGGAAAAUGAUUGGUCAAAGUUG